AUCUCCAUUCGCCGUGGAUGAAAGCCGACUGGUGAGCAGUUGCCAGUUGUGGCCCGCCACCCACCGGAGACACACUUCGUCAGCUACAUCAGUCGUCACGAGAGGUGGCAGAUACGAAGGGGUGCCGCAGGUAAUGGGAUAGGCCUGGAGGCCUGGAGGGAGAAAGGGAAGACGUGCCAGUCGGUGAAGAGAUGUGGUCGGCGGUGGUUCUCCUGCUCGCUGCAGGCGCAAUCGCCCAGGAAGGACGUCAGUCCAAGUCCAGGAGGCAGUUCUCGCCCAAUCAGAACAAAGAGAGGAAGCCCAACAUCGUCCUCAUAAUGACCGACGACCAGGACGUAGAGCUCGGUUCGCUCACGUUCAUGCCGAAGACGUUGAAGCUGCUGAGAGACGGCGGGGCCGAGUUCCGGCACGCCUACACCACGACGCCCAUGUGCUGCCCGUCGCGGAGUUCCAUGCUCACCGGCAUGUACAUGCACAACCACGAGGUGUACACCAACAACGGCAACUGCUCCAGUGCCCAGUGGCAAGCGACCCACGAAAUGCGAUCAUUCGCUACUUACCUCAGCAACGCCGGCUACAGAACAGGUUAUUUUGGAAAGUAUUUAAACAAGUACAACGGGAGUUACAUCCCGCCUGGAUGGAGGGAGUGGAGCGGUCUCAUAAUGAAUUCCCGCUACUAUAACUACUCUGUCAACGUGAACGGGAGGAAGAUAAAACACGGCGACGACUACCACAAGGACUAUUACCCGGACUUGAUUGCGAACGAAUCGGUGGCGUUUCUGAGGCAAUCGAAGCGGUACUUCGGCAAGAAACCGGUGAUGUUGGUACUCGGCUUUCCAGCACCGCACGGCCCCGAGGACUCAGCACCGCAGUACGCAGACCUCUUCUUCAACGUCACCACGCACCACACACCGUCCUACGAUUAUGCGCCCAACCCUGAUAAACAGUGGAUUCUCCAGGUGACGGGUCAGAUGCAGCCGAUUCACAGACAGUUUACCAACCUACUUAUGACGAAGAGGCUUCAAACUCUACAGAGUGUAGAUGAUGCGGUAGAUAAGGUCUACCAGGAGCUUAAGACACUUGGAGAACUGGAUAACACUUACAUUAUAUACACGUCCGAUCAUGGUUACCAUCUGGGACAAUUCGGUCUAGUCAAGGGCAAGUCGUUCCCUUUUGAAUUUGACGUUCGAGUACCUUUCCUAGUCAGAGGGCCUGGGAUCGAGCCUGGAACAAUUAUAGAUGAGUUAGUGCUGAACAUCGACUUGGCACCGACAUUCCUUGACAUCGCCGGCGUGGACACCCCACCGCACAUGGACGGCCGGUCUUUCCUGAAACUCUUGAACCGUAGGCAUAAACCGAGGAUGAGAUAUCCAACAAAAUGGCCUGAUACUUUUCUUAUUGAAAGUAGUGGGAGGAGAGAUACCAUAGAUUCUAUGCUCGCUGAGGCAAAAUUGAGAGAAUCGAUUGCGAAAAUUGAAAAGGACUUGAACCAAACUUUGCUACAAAAUUCUGAUCAUAAAAACAACUCCACUUCUGAAGGUAACGAGACAAAAAAAGAUUUUAUUGAAGAGAAUGUUUCUAUCAAACUCCCUUCUGGAGUUCCAGAUGUCAAUGGUGAUGGACAACUUGAUAACAUAUUACCCGUUCUGAGCAUUAGCAAGAUGGAACGAUUGGCAAUCGAGUGCCAACGGGCUGAACUUCAGGCGCCAUGCCGACCCGGACAGAAGUGGUAUUGCUUAUCUGAAGGAAACAGGUGGAGAAAACACAAAUGCAAGAUGCGAGUGAAUCACUACUUGCCGACAAGAGGAAAAAAAUGCGCAUGUUUCACACCUAUGGGUACUCUUUACACGAGGGUGGAACUCGAUGACUCUAGAUUUCAAAAGCCUCACAUAAGAGAUGCGAGGCCAAAGUAUUUUAAAACGAGAACAAGAAAAAGAUCGGUUAGUUCUACUGAAUACAAAGAAUCAGAUAAACCAAGAAUGGAUUUUAGAUUUGAAGUGAACACAAAAGACCACAAGUUGACCUUAGUUAAAACGGAUGGCAAAAAGGAAGCAGUGGAAGACGAUUCUAUGGACGUCCUGUCUGACAUCUUCAUGGAAAAGGAUAUCGAUAAAGUGAUAACAAGCGUGAUGGAAAAAAUCAGCGUCCCAUCAACAAACAGGAUGAAAAGGUCGACUUCAGAAGCUAUCGAUUCACAAGUGACAUCCAUAAUGGGAGUUCUAGAAGAUAAAAUUCACAUUUUAAAAGAAACGGGUGAAAAUACAAUGAAAAUGACGAAUGAAGGAAACUGCACCGUUAGUCCAGAAGGGGAAAUAUCAUGCAGCGAUGCAAUUUACCAAGAUCCAAAAGCGUGGAAGGCGAGCAGAGAUCAUUUGGAAGAGCAGAUUAAAUUACUCAAGUUACAACUGGAUAAAUUAAAGGGAAUAAGAAAACAUCUGAGGGAAAAGAGACCUCACCAAGCGCCCUAUGAUCACAGUUUAGAAGAGGAUGAAGACAAUAUGACUAAAGAGAAAAAUGAAAAUAACACUGGAAUGGCAGAAGUCAACCCUCCUUCAAUCCAAGUGACAGUUGCGCCUGAUUCUGGCCAGAAACCAAAAAACAAACACCGCCACCAUCACACAUUGCAUCCAUUCACUGAAAAUCCAAUUUUGUACGUCCCUGGAAAUUCUCGAGAUCAAGAGGAUAAUUUUUUUAAACCGAAUAACAAAGGGUUUUCGAGGAAUGACGAUUUCGAUUUUGGAAUGCGUACGAAUGGAAUGUCGAAACCGAAGCAUCCGUUAAUCUAUGUUCCUGAUACAUGCUACUGCGAGCCUGAGUUGCCUCCGUACAAAGCCGAAAAGGACGCAGCGAGGGAAGACAGAAGGAGGAUCAAAGAAGAAAGGUUAAGGAAAAAAGAAAGGAAAAUGAGGAGAAAAGCGAAACUCGAGAGUGAAUGCUUGUCUGAGAAAAUGAACUGCUUCAACCACGACAACGAACAUUGGAAAACUCCUCCAUUUUGGACUGAGGGGCCAUUUUGUUUCUGCAUGAAUGCGAAUAAUAAUACUUAUUCAUGCUUAAGAACAAUAAAUGCUACACACAAUUUCUUAUAUUGUGAAUUUGUCACUGGGUUAAUAACCUAUUACAACUUAAGAAUCGAUCCAUUUGAACAAUGGAACCGUGUAAAUAACCUGACUCCAGAAGAGAGAUCCUACCUCCAUGACCAGCUUCAGCACAUGAAGAGCUGUCGUGGCACAAGAGAUUGUACAGUCGGCUCUGCCCAGCCGUCGAACAUUCCCUCCAUGCUGCCAAAACCGACAAAAAGGAGAAAGUACUCCACUUUAGGACUAGUUCCCAGCUUUUACCCACACAGCUUCUCACGUCUAGUCAAGCAAUCACAGCGAAAUGUAUUCAGAAACAAAUCUAUGAAUAGGGAGUGGAGAAGGAGGCACGGCGGCCCUCAGUGGAAAAACAAACGACGAAACAAUCUUUUACAGCAGACACACAAAACAACUUUAACACAGUUGGCUGAGUGAUUCAGCUUUUAGGACCUCACCGAUACAUUUUUUUUUCUAAAAUGAAACACACCUGGGGUAAAAAAAAAAUCCAAUACAAAAUUAGGCGCUUUUAGUAUGAAUUUUUAAAAUAAAACUUGCUUUGUUUCAUAUAAAUAGGCAUGGUCUUCAAA